AUGGCUAAUAUGUCUAGUGGUAAAUCUGCUGAAGACAUUAAAGAAAAAUUCAUUCGUGGCCUAUUACUUGCAUACGAGACAGAAACCACUCCAUGCGACUCAGGAGUUCCAUUUGAUUCCUUGAUAGAUAGGCUUAUUAUUUACGAAAAGAACAGACUAGCUGAAUAUAUUAAUAUAUCUAUAAAAUAA